UCAUCUUUAGAAAAGAAGCAUAAACAUUCAGUGGGUUAUAAGCUUCUGAAUAAAAGAGAUGGUGAUGAUGAAUGUUGAAAUAAUCUCCAAGGAAAUAAUCAAACCAUCAUCUCCAACACCCAGUGACCUUAGAAACCACAAACGUUCCUUCCUAGACCAACUUGCACCCACCACUUAUAUUCCUAUUAUCCUUUUUUAUCAACCCAAGCUGAUUAAUGGGCAUCACGUUGAUCAUGAUCAAGUCCAAAGAUCUUCACGGCUUAAAAAGUCUCUAGAACAAACCCUCAACCGCUUCUACCCUUUGGCUGGAAGAGUCAAAGAAGACCACUCCAUCGACUGCAACGAUGAGGGGGUCGAGUAUUACGAAGCUCGCGUUGCGUGUAACUUAUCACAAGUUCUCCAACACGUCAAUGUCGAAGCCUUAAACAAGUUUCUGCCAUUUGAACCCUAUGGCAUUAAUGGCGCUAAACUUGGAAGCCGUGAAGUUCUCUUGGCUGUCCAAUAUAAUAUCUUUGACUGUGGCGGAGUAGCCAUUGGUGUGUGUGUUUCACACAGGAUCGCAGAUGGAGCUUCAGCCACAACAUUUCUUGGCGCCUGGAGCGCUACAUCUCGUGGAGAUCAUGUACUUGAAGCUGUCUGUCCAAAUUUUGAUGCGGCCAAGUACUUCUCACCGAAAGAUAUACCUUGGGGCUUGGGAGACAUAGGAGUCACAAAGGAAAACAUCGUAACAAGAAGAUUGGUGUUCGACAAAUCCAGCAUAGUAGCUUUGAAGGAAAAGGCCUCCUCAGCAGCGGGUUUUUCACAAGUGAAGUUCCCAACGCGUGUGGAGGCAGUUUCAGCGUUCAUAUGGAAAAGUCUAAUGGCGAUAUCCAAAUCAAAACCAGCACCAGCAAGAGUGCAUGCAGCAGUUCAUGCGGUGAACAUACGGCAGAGGAUGGUCCCUCCCAUGCCAACGCAUUCUUUUGGAAAUCUUUGGUACUUCGCUGCGGCUAUAAUAUCACCACAUGAUGAGCUUGAUCAUGAUCAUGAUAGUAAUUGUACUCUGGCGACCAAGCUAAGUAAGGCAAUAAAAGGAAUCGAUGGUGAUUACGUGAAGAAACUACAGAGUGAUGCGAUUCCGGAUUCGCUCACAAAGAAAGUCGGGCUAUCGUCAAAGCUGGGUGACGUAGAGUCGUACAGGUUUACAGGUUGGUGCAGGUUUGCUCUUUAUGAAACUGAUUUUGGGUGGGGGGAGCCCACCUGGGUCUGCUGUCCCAGCAUGCCUUUCAAGAAUCUUGUGGUGUUGACAAGCACAAGAGAUGGAGAUGGAAUGGAGGCAUUCGUCAACAUAUUAGCGGAAGACGCUGUCGUAUUUGAUAGUGAUAAAGAACUCCUUCCAUUUGUUUCUUGGACAAUUAAUAGCUGAUCAGUACGGACAUGAAUGGAGGCCGGGCCAAUUACUUUCUGUUGGGACGUGUGUUGAAUCAACGUACUUAUAUUUAAUCAAUGGUUUUCUAAUUAAGCUAGUGAUCUUUGUUUAAUUAUCUCGUGCCAAAAGGAGUGCAUGCUUCAAUUCAUGCAUUCUUCUGAAUCAUGUAAUUCGAUCGAUCUUCUUCGAUCUCUUGUGUAUCUCCAAGUUUCUUGGAGUUUAAUUACUUGAAUAAAAGUCAAUAUCCUUGCAUGUGUA